UGAGUCAUUCCUGUUUCAUUUGAGAACAUGUGUUAGUUUUGCUGGUUUGUUUAAAUGUUGGAAUUGUUACAGUUUGAGUUCUGCUCUCUGUCGUUACUCAGUUUUGUCCUUCUGCCUUUUUUUGGAUGUUCAUUUGAUCUGCCUGCCUCCUGUCUACUGAACCUCAUGUGAAGUGAUUGAGUGAAACUAUAGUAACUCACAGGUGAUGAACAGCAGCAGCUUCCACUCUCUCUCCUCCACUGCUGCUGCCACACACACACACGCACACGCACACGCAGGAGCUCACGACUCAGCACCGACCAGAAUAAAACCACCAGUCUGACUCUCACUCACGUUGAUCUGAGGAUCAGUGAGUGACAGAGACGUGGUGUGCGAACUCCUGAUAAACGAGCUCAAGUGUCAGAAGGAUUUCUCCUCUUCUCCUCUUCUCCUCUUGUUGGCGUGCACGCAGGAAUGAUGCGUGCGUCUCGGGACUUCAGCCCGACCAGCGGAUUCUCAGUCUGCUGAAACACUCCCUUCUUCUCGCUUGUUUUGCUUCACUGCAAACCUGCACCACCGGAGCGCAGUGGUGAUGGACCUUGGUUCGGAUGUCUUAACGCACGAAGAGUCCUGCAGCUUGUGUGCGCAUGCUUUUGUGAAAUGUGCCACUUUUUCUCGCAAUUCCCACUCGUCUGACUUUUUGGAAGAGCCACGGAUGCUGGACAUGUUCCUCUCGCAGGGUGCAUGAGAGAUGGCGACCGAAAAGCACCAAGUCCAAUACUGGCACCUGUCCGGCUGGAUCAUGACACUUUGCGCCACAGGUGAAUGAAUCAGUCUCUCUCUGAACCGUGCGUGUUUUUCCAAUCUGUUUUCGAGCGUGUUGCACACAGACCAUGGAUCUCAAAGUAGAAACCGAGGAGCUGGACUCGAAUCGACCUCCACCCAUUGAAGUUUUUGCGCACAGCUCGACCCUGCACGGGAUCUCCCACAUCUUCACUUACGAGCGCUUCUGCAUCAAACGCUGCCUGUGGCUCGUCUUCUUCCUGGGCUCCCUCACCUUCCUGCUGUACGUGUGCGUGGACCGGAUCCACUUCUACCUGGAGUACCCGCACGUCACCAAGCUGGACGAGGUCUCGACCCCGAACAUGAUGUUCCCCGCGGUCACUUUCUGCAACCUGAACGCGUUCCGCUUCAGCCGCGUGACGCGUAAUGACCUGUACCACGCCGGGGAGCUGCUGGCCCUGCUCAACCAGAGGUAUGAGAUCCGGGACAUUCACCUUGUGGAGGAGAGCGUCCUGGAGAGCCUGAAGGUCAGAGCCGACUUCCACAAUUUCAAGCCGCGACCCUUCAACAUGCGGGAGUUUUACGACCGGACGGGUCACGACAUCAAUGACAUGCUGCUCUCCUGCCACUUCCACGGCAUUGAAUGCAGACCAGAGGACUUCAAAGUGGUCUUCACUCGCUACGGGAAGUGUUACACCUUUAAUGCAGGCGGUGAUGGACGCCCUCUCCUCAUCACCACCAAGGGAGGUAUGGGUAAUGGUCUUGAGCUCAUGCUGGACAUUCAGCAGGAUGAAUACCUGCCAGUGUGGGGAGAAACAGACGAGACGUCGUUUGAAGCCGGGGUCAAAGUUCAGAUCCACAGUCAGGACGAGCCGUCGUUCAUUGAUCAGCUCGGGUUUGGAGUGGCACCUGGAUUCCAGACAUUUGUUUCCUGCCAAGAACAAAGGCUGAUUUAUCUUCCCCCACCCUGGGGAGACUGUAAGGUGACGCCCAUGGAUUCAGACUUCUUUGAUAGUUACAGCAUCACAGCCUGUCGCAUCGACUGUGAAACACGCUACCUGGUGGACAACUGCAACUGUCGCAUGGUGCACAUGCCUGGCGAUGCACCGUACUGCACCCCCGAGCUGUACAAAGAAUGUGCUGACCCAGCUCUCGAUUUCCUGGUGGAAAGAGACAAUGAUUUCUGUGUUUGUGAGACACCGUGCAACAUGACCAGAUACAGCAAAGAGCUGUCCUUCGUCAAGAUCCCCAGCAAGGCCUCCGCUAAAUAUCUUGCAAAGAAAUACAACAAAUCUGAGCAGUAUAUUAAGGAGAACCUCCUGGUUUUAGACAUAUUUUUUGAGGCUCUCAACUAUGAGACUAUUGAACAAAAAAAGGCUUAUGAAGUGGCUGGACUUUUAGGUGAUAUCGGUGGUCAGAUGGGACUUUUUAUCGGGGCGAGCAUCCUCACUAUUCUCGAGCUGUUUGACUACUUUUAUGAGGUAAUCAAGUACAAGCUUUGUCGCUGCUCCGAUAAGAAGCACAACAACGCUGACCAGGGAACAGUCCUGAGCUUGGAUGAUGUUAAGUGUCAUGUCAGUAACUUUCACUAGGCCUCUGCAGCCAAGAGGAGGAGCCACUCCUUGUCUCUGAGCGGCUUCAUGAACUUUGUUCACUGCAGUUUCCUGAAGCAGACUCCUGCAGCAACAGUGAGCGUGUCUGAACUGUCUCCGGUGAGGGUUUAUGAGCAACGAUAAUGUGGCUAAAGUAAAGAGAAGGCCACGUAGACAGCAGGACAGCAGACACCAGUUAUCAACAUGUUGUGAUGAGUUCAAAAACGUUAUACGAAUAACUGCAUGGUCAUCUGUAAACAGCUUUUCAAGACAUAGCAGCAGAUUCAGUAAAUGGGGGCAUGAACCAAACAAAGGUUCAUAUGUGUUCAGUUAAACAGCGUUAGAUAUCCCAGAUGUGCCGUGGUGUUUUUAUCAAUUUGUAGGAUUUUUUGUAAAAUAAUUGGUGAAAGAUUUGUUUUCACUCACAAAAGGUCAUUAGUUCUUUUUAAAAGCGUGGAUGUCCUCACUGAAUAUUUAUUUUCGCUUCUAUAUUUCAACAUAACGCUGAAAUAUAGAAUCCUUAUCCUAUGCCACUCUUUCCUUGUGCAUUUUGUCAGUAUACUCUACUACCUCAUCUUGCAGGGUGACGCCACCAUGAAGACAUUGUGAGCCUAGUAAAUGUAUAACAUGGGGAAUUAGCAUGAAUAAAAAAUUCAAUAGGUCGGAGUACACAACACUUCAGCAGCAGUCAUAUUCAUGUCAUAGGGGAAGCUCAGGUAUAAGUAAUAAAAUUAAUGUUGGCUGUCAUGAUUUACUUUAACAGGAAGGAGCCAAGUUAAUGUUGUUAGUUAAACCUGGGCUUUUCCUACUUUUAUAUCAUAAUGGUAAACACUUCUUUUUAGAGUAAAUGCUGAUAUUUAGUGGAACAGAACCAAGUAAGGUCAUUUCAGUAAACUGACUCGGUAACAUCCAUAAGCCAAGUAAAUAUGUAGAACCAACAUCACUGAAUGUAUUGAUUUGAACAGAUUGACAUUUUGGGAAAUACACUUCAGAGACAUCAUUACCAGAGACAUAUUAUGGGGAGACGUCGAUACUGCAGAUAUAUCAUCCAUUUUUAUGCAAAGCCGAUUGGCUACAGCUAGAAGAAGCUUAGCAUUAAGAUGGAAACACGGUGAGGCAGCUCAUAUUUAACUUGUACUAAAACAUACAAACAAUUUAUUGUUUUUCAUGAUCUCUGCCUUCUGCUUUUACGUUGUAAUUUAACAUGUUUAUUUGUACCAUACAGGCGCCCCCCCCAUUUCCAUUUUUUUGUGCUAAGCUACACUGCUGCUGGCUGUAGCUUCAUAUUUAGACAGAAAUACAAAUACAGUAGGAUAAUUGGCCUAAAAGCUAUUUAGCCAUUACAUUAGGAUGGAUCGACAGAAGUAAAAUUCACAAACCAGAUUAAGAACAAAUAUUUAGAACUAUUCUCCAUGUCAACCAGGCACUAUACUGUAAGAUUUAACUUCCCCUGUCAAUGAAUUAGUGUAGAGUAUACUGUAGAUCUCAGAAGAAAUAAAAAAUACAAGGAAGAGUAGGCUUCAAACCAGUCUUCAGUGCAUUCAUUUAAGGGAUGUCAUACAUUGGUACUUGUACCCAGAUGCUGUUCAUCGCAUUUAAGGAGAAUUAACCUGCAAAGAUAAAAUCAAUGAGAAUAAACAUGUUGAAUGUGUUUUUCUAACUUGCAUGUAUCGCUGUACAGUAGGUGUCUUAAACGGGGUCCAUCACAGAUGAUCUGCAGGUCUGACUGCAUUUUGUCAUCAUCUGUUAGUGAGUUUGUUUUUAUACUGCGAGCAUGUAUUUAUUUGUGUGUGUGUGCGUGUGUGUUUCCAGUGUUACAUUUUAAAUGCCCUCAUAUCAAAAACCACUCAAAACAACAGUCUGCUACAAACCAAUCAUAUUAUUUUACAGCUCAUUGAUUUGCUAACCUUUAGAAGGAAUGGGAAUUGUAUGGUGUGUAGCUGUAUGGUGUUACCAUCAAGCCCAGUCAUACCAUUUGCUGUAAUCUAAUGUAUAUAUUGCAAUGACUAUGAAUAAUAACCUUGAGUGUAUUUGCUCUUAUCUGUAUAAUAUUGUACUUGUACUUAUUCAUUAUAAAGUAGCUGUUUUUAUGUACAUGUUGUAGAUGGUUUAUUUCUCAAGAGUGUAUUUAUCAAACACUAUAUUUAAGUAUACAGCUAUUUAUUCUUGUUUGUUUUGCUACAAUCAGUUCAUCUUAUUGUAUUCUACUCAUCAGUAAAUGAAAGUGACAACAGAAUUGUUAUUUCAUGCAUCUCGAAAGUCCUGUCGACCAUGCUUCCAGGUUUUUUAAUAUUUAUGCCUCCAUUUUCAAUAUAUA